ACAGCCUUUCCUCCCCGGCUCCAGCACGUUUCCACGCGGGGAUGGAUGCUCUCAGUGCUCGGUACCUGCGGGAUGCGGCCCGGCCGUGUGCGGCACAGCGGAGCUGCAGCGCAUCCUCAAGCCCUGCCUGGCGUCCUGCCACGGCUUUUAUUCUGAAGCGAUGAUGUCAGGCAGCUCGGUGCAACCCUCUGCGCCCCGCUGCGCGCUGCCGCCCCGGCCCCGCUCUCCUCCCGCACCACCUCCGAUCCGAUGCCUUCUUCCGAGCAGAGUAUGUUUUCCAAAAUCGCUUUGUCAGCCGUCAGCAUCCUGAGUUCAAAUUUGCGGCAUUUGCUCUCCUUUUUGAUGCAAUUCGUUCCAGCAAGGAAGUGGGUGGCUGACUCCCUGGCAAUGGGGAAUCUCCUGGCUAGAUGGAACGAGGAGCCAAGUGUGGGGACCUCCCAGCAGACACAAGGUCUAAAGAAUUCACUGCCCAGUCCAUCAAAAGAGCAAUUCACCUUGCCCACUUUGCAGUGCAUCUCUCCCUUACUACAGACAGUGGAGGAGACCCCAGAGCCCAUCCCAGCCAAGAUCAAAGGACAUAUUCCUAAAUGGAUUAAUGGCAAUCUUCUGAGGAAUGGCCCUGGGAAAUUUGAGUUUGGUGAGGAGAAAUACAACCACUGGUUUGAUGGCAUGGCCUUGCUGCAUCAGUUUCAGCUGAGGAAUGGCACGGUGACAUACCAGAGCAAGUUUCUGCAGAGCAACUCCUACCUGAUGAACAAUCAGCACAACCGCAUUGUGGUCUCAGAAUUUGGGACGCUGGCAAUGCCAGAUCCAUGCAAGAGUGUCUUUGCACGCUUCAUGUCACGCUUUGAUCCACCAAAGCCAAGUGACAAUGCCAAUGUGAGCUGCGUUGUGUAUAAAGGAGACUACUAUGUCACUGGUGAGAACAAUUGCAUGUACAAAGUGGACCCAGAAACACUUGAAAUGAAGGAAAAGGUAGACUGGACCAAGUUUGUUGCCGUGAAUGGGGCCACAGCUCAUCCUCACUAUGCACCUGAUGGGACAGCUUACAACAUGGGAAACUCUUAUGGGAAAUUUGGGACUACAUAUAAUAUCAUUGAGGUCCCUCCACAAAAGUCGAACUGCAAUGAGACGUUAGAGGGAGCGAAAGUGUUGUGCUCCAUUGCUCCAAUGGAUAGCAUGAAACCCUCCUACUAUCACAGCUUUGGGAUGAGUGAAAAUUAUAUCAUUUUCAUUGAGCAGCCCAUUAAGCUGAAUCUAUUGCGGAUUAUCACUUCCAAAUUCCGUGGGAAGCCCAUUUCUGAAGGAAUAAACUGGGAGCCUCAGUACAACACUCGCUUCCACGUGGUAGAUAAGCGCACUGGGAAGGUGCUGCCAGGGCAAUGGUAUACUAAGCCCUUUGUUACUUUCCAUCAAAUCAAUGCCUUUGAAGACCAUGGCUGUGUGGUCCUUGACCUGUGCUGCCAGGAUGAUGGGAAAACUCUGGCUGUCUACAAGCUUCAGAAUAUGAGGAAGAGUGGAGCAGAUUUAGAUCAGAUUUUUGGGUCAGUAGCCCGAGCUUUCCCCCGUCGCUUUGUUCUCCCACUGAAUGUGAAUUCGGAUACACCUGUGGGGAAGGAUCUGAACCCUCUGUCUUACACGAUGGCAAGGGCUGUGAAAGACUCAGAUGACAAGGUCUGGUGCACACAUGAAAAUCUUCACCCCGAUGGCUUUGAAGACUUUGGGGGCUUGGAGUUCCCCCAAAUUAACUAUUCUCAGUACAGUGGUAGGAGAUACCGUUAUUUCUAUGGGUGUGGUUUUCGGCAUUUCAUCGGAGAUUCCCUAAUGAAGGUUGAUGUGGAGACCAAGAAUUUCAAGAUUUGGCAGGAGGAUGGAUCCUACCCCUCAGAGCCUGUUUUUGUGCCAGUGCCUAAUGCCACGGCAGAGGACAGUGGAGUCAUUUUGUCUGUUGUGAUCUCCCCUGAUGAGAACCGAAGUGCUUUCCUGCUUGUCUUGGAUGCAGAGACCUUCAGAGAACUGGGGCGAGCAGAAGUCCCAGUCCAAAUGCCUUAUGGAUUCCAUGGGAUCUUCAGUUCUCGCUAAGAGAAAAGAGAGCCACCUUCUAUAACUCAGGGCAAGGUCAGGCUCAGAAAGAAACCUCUGCUUCCAACUUUACAUUAUGCCAAGGCUGAAGGAACCACUUCUCCAUCAUAACCUCUAAGUUACUGCCGCGUUCCUAACAAUUCACAGCAAAGGGUCUGAGGAAGACAGAAGCUCAAUCGCUCUAACAGCCCACUGCUUUUUCUUAGUUUUCUGUCUAUCUUGCUAGAACACAUAGCAGCAGUUCAAAAGGCUGCCAUGCAUAAGGCUUGCAAGGGAGAAAAUGGAAACUACCACCACCUUGUCUGGGUAGCAGUGUGCUCUGAAGGGAAGAGAGUAGUAAAUGUCAGCUGCAGUGGCUUUGGCUGAAAAAUGUAAAGCACAAAAAAGGAAUAAAACCAACUACUAACAUCUA